AAGUUAGAAUGUCGUCGCUGGAGUUGUACGCGCUCUAGACGUGUCAAGCGAGUGGUACGAGAUAAAAGCGACGACGCGUCGCGACUGCACUGGACCGUACCAAUGACGUCACGAUUGGCGCGCACAGCGGGAUAUCUAUAUGGGGCAGCUUGCAAAGUAUUUCCCCGUAAGGCAACAGUUUCCGCCGUGCUCCUGACCUCGUGCGUUGAUUGGGGCCCCGUCCGUAUCCUAUGGAGCGACACUCGCAUACUUCUUAGCCUCCGUGACAUAGUGUGCAGACCAUCGACGCUAGCGAGUGGAGAUGUCUGGGCGGCCAAAUGGGAUGCAGCUUGCUAUUCUUCAACAAUGUGAGCGUACCGUCAGUGGUCAUGGAAUUUUUGUCAGAGGGUCGCGAGUAAAUAUACA